AUGCAUGUAUCCAAUGGUGACCCCUUACUUGUGCAUUUGAUGAUGUUGCAUGAAGUAAGGUCUCAACAAGUGUUUGAAAUUAGGAGGUUUCUUUUUAAGAUACAGGGGAUGCAGUUGGAUUUUAGUGAAACUGAAUAUAUUUUGAUUAGUAAUUUAAGAGUUGGUCCUUGUGUGGAUUUACUCCAUGACGAAAGAGGCCGGUCAAAUUCAAAUCUUAGUACUCGGUUGUUCCCACACAUUACAGAUGCACGUCUCCAUGGACAGGACGUUAAAACGAGCAUUCUCGCGGAAGUAUACAAGCUUGCUGAUAAUAUAGAUGAUUGGAACAGGGACUUUUGGAGUUGGAUUCUUAACCAUGAAGAGUCUCCUCCACGACAACAUAGUCCAUCUAUUGUUGCCUUGCCUCCUCGAAGAAAUAAGUACAAGUCGGAAACAUCUUCGACUGAAACUGCCACAAAUGCUUCUACCUCACAACCGCCUGAAAUAGAAAGAACUUAUAUUUCAAGCGACGCAUCAACAAGGUCGGUAAAGAAGAAGAAGACGAGCACAAAGUCAUUGGUGAAGCGUCUGAUAGGCGUUGUGGCUGACUUAACUUCUAAAGUAAACCGUGUAUUACAGAAAAAAUAUGAACUAGAUACAGGGUUUGGAGAGGAGGAGGACAUGGUAAAUGAAGAGGAGGAAGAAACAUAUUACCAUGGUAUACAGCUGCAUUAUGAUGAUACAUCUACGCAUGGUUUGGAGGGGGAUGCCGCAAAGAAAGAGGAGUGUUGCAUGGUAUCAACGGACGUCGUUCACAGUGAUGCAAUCCACACCAAAAUUGAAGAAAAUCACCAAAACAAGGAAAAAAAAAGUAUUGUAGUGUCCUGA